CCUUCCUUCAUCAAACCCUAGCCUCCACCAAAGAAAGCAAACCCUAGCCUCCACCAAUAGUUGUCGUCAUCUGUCGGAGUGAGAGACUGCUGCCGCCGUCCAUCGCACUCAAGAACUUCCGUCUUCGUGCUCUCGGGCCUCUCGCCGGAUCCUCCACGUCGGGUGCUCGCAUCUCGCCGUUCUCCUCUGUGCUCGGCUGCUUGCGCCUCCCUCCGCCAGUGAGUGCUCGAGCUGUGCGUGUUGGUUGCUGCUCGUCGUCCGUGGUUGUCUCUGCUCGAUUCUGCCUCCCAGCCUCACUCGAGUCUCGUCACAGUCACUGGCAUCUCGUGGUUCGUCUGUCUCGUUGCCGGCGGCAGAAGCAACUCGUGGGGUGGUCGCCGACUCGCCGUCGAUCGUUCCGGGCCGUGGGAGUCAGAACUCAGAACGGAGGGGGAGUGGCUUUGAAAACAGAGGGAAGAGAGAAGAAAAAGCUACAGGUGAAGAAGUGAGCCCCCACCGGCGAAGGAGAGAGAUCGCGAAGAGAGAAAAGACGAAGAAGAGGCCACGCCGGUCUAGAGAACAGAGAGGAAAAGAGAGGCUCGGCGGUGAUAGUGUUGCUGCUGUCAGUGAAGACGUAGCAGCUCGGCAACAAGAUGGCGACGCCGGAAAGAUCACCGGUAGGAUUCAUCCUCAGAGAUGGAAGAGAGGACCGGCGGCGUAGCAGAGCUGCAUAAGCUCUUGAACACAAAGAAACAACUAAGAAUCAAGGCCCCCUAAGGACAAAGCCAUCGAUUCAUGUAUUAUUCAGGGCUUGUUAGGAACUUUGUUUUAACGCUGAGUAAACGCCACGUGUCCUCCUCCUCCGGCCUCGGUUGUGGCUCCACCAUGUUAGUAACCCCACUCCCAUCACAGUUCAACCAGAGCAUGUUCAACAAUGUCGUUGCCUCCAACAAGCUCAUCGCCAAUUACCUUCGAUUGGGUGACAUGGAUUCUGCUCUCCAAGUGUUUGAUAAAAUGACAGUGAAGAGCACCGUUACUUGGAACUCUAUCCUUGCUGGCUACGCCAAGAAUCUUGGGAAUUUUGAAGUUGUACGCCAAGUUUUUGAUAAAAUUCCUGAACCGAAUAGUGUGUCUUAUAAUAUCAUGCUGGCAUGUUAUUUGAACAAUUUUGGCAUCCACAGAGCCCGUGCUUACUUUGAUGUAAUGCCUGUGAAGGAUACGGCGUCUUGGAACACGAUGAUCUCAGGUUAUGCUCAGAUUGGAUUGAUGGGCGAGGCGCGCAUGAUGUUCUUGGCAAUGCCAGAGAAAAAUACUGUCUCAUGGAGUGCGAUGGUGUCGGGGUAUGUGGCUUGUGGAGACUUGGAUUCUGCAGUGGAAUGCUUUUAUGCUGCAACUGUGAAGAGUGUGAUUACCUGGACUGCCAUGAUCACUGGGUACAUGAAAUUUGGCAGAGUUGAGUCUGCCGAGAAAUUGUUCCAAGAAAUGUCUCAGAAGACUUUGGUGACAUGGAAUGCUAUGAUAGCUGGGUAUGUUGAUAAUAGCAGGGCAGAAGAUGGGUUGAAGCUUUUGAAGACAAUGUUAGAGACUGGGGCCAAGCCUAAUGCUGUGAGCUUGACUAGUGUGUUGUUGGGUUGUAGUAACCUAUCAGCAUUGCAACUUGGUAGACAAGUUCAUCAGUUAGUUUGUAAAUCUCCAUUGAGUAGUGACACCACAGCCGGAACUUCAUUGGUUAGCAUGUAUUCCAAAUGCGGGGAGCUGAAGGACGCGUCGAAAUUGUUUGUGCAGAUCCAACGGAAAGACCUUGUAUCAUGGAAUGCAAUGAUUUCUGGUUAUGCACAACAUGGAGCUGGUGAAAAAGCUCUGGAGUUAUUUGAUGCAAUGAAAAAUGAUGGCAUGAAGCCAGAUUGGAUUACUUUUGUAGCAGUAUUUUUAGCUUGUAACCAUGCAGGAUUUGUAGAUCUUGGGGUCCAAUAUUUUGAUGCUAUGAUAAGGGAUUAUGGAAUUGAAGCUAGGCCAGAACACUAUGCUUGCAUGGUUGACCUUCUCGGUCGACGUGGAAGGUUAUCUGAGUCAAAAGACUUGAUAAAAAGUAUGCCGUUUAAGCCACAUCCUGCCAUCUUUGGAACGCUUUUGGGAGCCUGUAGGAUCCAUAAGAACCUAGAUCUGGCUGAGUUUGCUGCCAAGAAUCUGCUUGCGCUUGAUCCUAGUAGUGCAACUGGAUAUGUUCAAUUGGCCAAUAUUUAUGCAGCACAAAAUAGAUGGGAGCAUGUUGCUAGGAUUCGGAGAUCGAUGAAAGACAAUAAUGUAGUGAAGACACCUGGAUAUAGUUGGAUUGAGAUAAAGAGUGUGGUGCAUGAGUUUCGGUCAAGCGACCGAUUGCACCCAGAAUUGGUUUCUAUACAUAAAAAACUAAAUGAAUUGGAGAAGAAAAUGAAGAUGGCUGGCUAUAUUCCGGAUCUUGAGUUUGCAUUGCAUGAUGUGGAAGAGGAGCUGAAAGAACAGCUACUUCUAUGGCACAGUGAGAAAUUGGCAAUUGCAUUUGGACUUCUAAAGGUACCAUUAGGUGUUCCAAUCAGGGUAUUCAAGAACUUGAGAGUUUGUGGAGAUUGCCACACUGCAAUAAAGUACAUAUCAGCUAUAGAAGGAAGAGAAAUCAUUGUUAGGGAUACCACUAGGUUUCAUCAUUUCAAGGACGGGUCCUGCUCCUGCAGUGAUUACUGGUAAUCUUGCCAUUAUGCAACCAAAACAAUGCAAUUGAAUUCAGUCAAAGGACAUGUCUAUUUAAACCAGUUAGUUCAAUGAACUUCAUUAUACAUGCCAAGAACAAAAAGUUUCACCUUAAUGAAUUUUUCGUUUUCACGCCAAACUGCCUUUGUUCUCCUUCAUUCUCACGCCACUUCUUCCUUGUUCUCUUUCGUUUUCACCCCACUUCAUCUUCUUCCUCACCUUCGUCUACUCUCAUCGUUGCCACUCACCAUCGUCUCGUGCGCUCACCAGUGUUGAAGAUGUGUAUGGCUAUGAUGGUGAUGAUGAACUACAAUGGCUAAUUGAGUCAGAGAAGGUGAUUGACUUCUCGUGUGGUCACUUGUCUGCUUGCUAGUCUUCUUGGUGGUUACCAGGAUAUCCUCCAUUCUUGCUAGUCUUCUGAUUUUUAGGUGAUUGCCAUGUGUUUGAUGAAUUUCCUGAGAGAGAUGGAAAAGAGCGGAACUUGUUUUCUGUGUUUCCUUUUCCCAAUUCACAAGAUUUAGGGUCUAGCAACGUGGGAGGUGAGGUUCUUUAUGUCUAACUAGUUGGGAAUACAGCACCAGAUUUUGAAGCAGAGGCUGUUUUUGAUCAGGAAUUUAUCAAGGUUAAACUAUCUGAAUACAUUGGAAAGAAAUAUGCUUCGGGCUCUUUAUUUUUAUUUUUCUUUUUUGUAAAAAGGAAAAAAGAAAAAUGAAAUAACUAACUUAUUUUUUUAUCUCUAGAGUCAAUUUUAAAGUGCAUUCUAUUUAAUUUGAGCAUCUCUCUACCUAAUUACUCGUCUCUUUUAGUUAUUUAUUCAAUUUUUGUUACAUUACUAAUUAAUAAUUAAUAUUUUAUUCGGUAAUGAUAAUUAGCUUUACUUUGUUGCGGUCUUUGCACAAGUAAACGGGUUCAUGGAAUUAGCUUUCAUGCUUGUAAUCACGUGAAUUCAUUCGUUCUUCAAAGAAGUGGAUCUCAUUCAGUUUAGUGAAAAUUAGUGAAGUAUUUGAAAUUCGAUUAUUUUGUUAAAUUAGUGGAGUGGAUCUCAUUCAGUUAGAUUAGAUUAGAUGCUCUUUCUCUCUUUAUUUUAUUCUUAUCUUGGUGGACAAAAAGUUUAUAUUUUUUUUUCAGGCACGUUCUCCUUUUUAUCUCUGUUUAAAUUUAAGGGGAGAGAGAGAGAGAAGCACUUCAGAUGUUUUGGAUCUAUGUUUCUGUGAGAAGGAAAGACAACAAAAUUUGACUAUCUCAACUUGUGUGACUGAAUUUCUAAUGCCUUUGCAAAUUUCGUUAUCAAACAGUUUUGUGUGGAUCAAAUGAUGGUUGAUCUUACUGGCCACUGGUUUUCAAGGGAACGUUUUUCUGAUAAGAUAUACAAAUUAAAGAUAGGUUCUUGUCUUUUUCAGGCACACAAAGUGAGUGAGUUCAGGUCUCUACUUAACUACUCACAGUCUGUUAUUGUGCAAGUUUUAGUUAGCUUCACUCUCUUUUUUACACAUUGAACAGACAAAACUUUCAGCUAAGAUGGGUGUAUUUAGUACCAUAGGUACUUGUAUUGGCUUUGGAAUUGGAACUUCAAUUGGUGUUGUCAUUGGAUACUACGUGUUUAUAUACUUUCAGCCAACACAUGUCAAGGAUCCCAUAAUUCGUCCUUUGGCCGAGCAAGAUGCCAAAACUCUGCAACAAAUGCUUCCAGAGAUACCCUUGUGGAUAAAGAAUCCAGAUUUUGAUCGUUGGAUAGAGCAAGCUUUUGAACCCAACAAGGAAGCAGUUAUUAAAGCAUUGCUAGGUGCAAAAGAAGCUAUGCUUGGGAUUAGAUAUCAUAUGCGCCUAAUGGGUGAGGCUGCGCCUAAUGGGUGAGGCUGCAGGUGUUCCUAUUGAACCAGAAUCACAAACAAAACUUUUAGAUGCUACACUGAACUUGGAAGGAGUGUUGUUGGCUGGAGUUCCAGGAGCAGGAGGAUUUGAUGCUGUCUUUGCUGUUACUUUGGGAGAUUCAAGCAGCAAUGUGACAAAAACAUGGAGCUCACUCAAUGUUCUUGCCCUUCUAGUUAAAGAAGAUCCUUAUGGCGUUUCUUUAAAAAGUGCUGACCCUAGAACAAAUGAAGUCACUUCAGCUGUAUCUUCAAUUCAUAUUGAAUAAUUUAUUGUAAAUAUUGUUUAUUUUUAAUACGAUGAAUUUAUUUAUUUUUU